UUUAUAUUGAAAGCUGUAUUUUGAAAGAUUUAUUUUACAAAGUUAUUAUACGACGGAUUACAGAAAAGAAAGCAGAUAGAAGGAAAAGAAAGGUCGGCAAUUGAGUAAAAUUUUCUGAUCCGUCGAAGCAGGUAGUGCAGUAGGACGAGGGUAAAUUUGUAGACUCUCUGGGCGCUCAGCACUUGAAACUUCUACUGCCUUGGUGAUCUCAAUGAUAGUUUAAAUGCAGGCAAAAGCCUUAGUCCGUAGGGUAAUAACGUUCACGGGGGGUCACAGAAUAGUCAAUCUUGUGCCCAUACCUGCCCCCGUAGUUGUCGGUCAGGACAAUGAAAGUUUCCUUACACUUUGGUGGCCAGAUGACCGUCGUUGAGCGCGAUUACAAGAGGUGUAGUUUAAGUAGCCGAGCCAACAAUAAAAGCGCUCGUUUACACUAAUAGUGAUCCGCCUUCUUCUCCCUCCUCCAGCGUAAAAUUCGUCGGCAAAUCUUAGAGACAGCUUGGCGACAGAACAGUAUUUAAGAUCCACCAACGCAGAGGAAUCGUUCUUUAAGUCAUCGGACGUUCGAGCAGUAACACCGAGUAAAGUAGUUUCAGUGUUGUCCUUAGCAGCAAAGCGUACGCGUCGAUAGAUUGGCAACUUGGUUUCCUCUUGUAGUUUACAAGUCGUGAUAGAUCAUUAUCGCUUUCUGACAAUCUCGAACGACGAUAUUUUGAUUUGGUUGAUUUAGAUCACAGCUCGGUCGAUGCAUAUGCACUCAAAGUGAUAACUGCGAAGGAUUUUUGCAUAUGUACAUCGCUGGUGACAAGUGCUAUUGUCUGUGUUAGAUGCUUGUAACCGAGUAAUGGUCUAGUACAACCAAGGGUUAACUUGUUUGACGGUGUACGAGCAAGAGAGCAAGCAAGUAAUCCAAGUGCUCAGCAAGAGGCCAAUAUGCAGGGACGCGAUCCAAAGAACACCAACAAGGAUGCCGAGGAUCAAGAGCGCAAGGGGACGUUGAUGUCAACGCUGCAAAACAUGUUCACAACGUCGUCAACGGUGAAGAGGCUGAUGAUCUGGUGUCGCUGCGACGCCGAGGAGAGGUGGGCAGAGAAGGCGGUCGAGACGCUGGUGAAGAAGCUGAGAAGGAAGCGCGGCGCUUUGGAGGAGUUGCAACGCGCGAUCACUAAUGCGGACCCGCACACCCGUUGCGUUACCAUACCACGCAGCAUGGACGGCCGACUGCAGAUAUACCAUCGCAAGAACAUGCCGCACGUCAUCUACUGCAAACUUUGGCGGUGGACCGAUUUGCGCACUCAUCACCAGCUCCGUUCACUCGAAUUCUGCAAGUUCCCGUACAACGGCAAAACCGACGAGGUCUGCGUCAACCCUUAUCACUAUCGUCGUGUCGAGAUUCCAAAGCUGCCCGAUGUGCGCGUUUCCAAGCAGUACAAUCAGAGCAGCCAGCCGCAGGUACAGCUUCGGUCGCCUCUCGUCCAAAAGAGCUCCUCCAGAUACGCCAUGCCCAGAAACGUCACGUUGCUCACUCCGCCGGAGGCUACGGCGUCCUACCAACCGGUACCCACGACGGUCCCUCUUUCAGAGCUCGCGGAACUCUACCGGCCGGAGUCCAUGGCGUCCUACCAGCUGCGUCCCGCGAUAUCCUACCAGCCGGGUCUCGCGACGCCUCCUCAUCAACCAGAGCCAUCGACGUCCUGUCAGCCAGAGUCCGCGACGCACUGUCAGCCAGAGUGCGCGACGCGCUGUCAGUCAGAGUCCGCGACGCACUGUCAGCCACAGUCCGCAACGUUCUGUCAGCCAGAGUCAGCGAUGCCCUACUCACCCCACUCCACGAAGCUAUACCAGCCGGGACCUGCGACGUUCCACCAAUCAGGACCCUCACCGCUCUAUCAAAAUGAACCCGCAGCGUUCUACCAACCAGGACUCGCGACAACCUACCAGCCGGAGCUCGAGACCUUGUCUCCAUCGUUUCCCGAAACGCCCUUAUCGCCAGGGCUCUGGACGUCGUUUCCGUCGCUUCCCGGAACGCCCUUCCUCCCGGGGUCUGCGACGCCGUGUCCAUCGCUUCCCGGAACGCCCUUCUCACCAGGGCCCUCAGUGCCUGGCACCUACGAUGAGAUUUUCAAUUAUUUACAAGAGUCAGCACACUCGUUUGAGCAAGAGGCUGCUGCACAACAAACCGAGCAGCAUAUCGACGCGGAAAACCAGUAUCAAACCGAAGCGUACAAACCGCAACAGAUCGACGUACAGAACCUGGAGCAGUUCAUCGCGCAGAACCUGCAUCAGUUCGUCGCGCAAACCCAGCAACAGAUCAGCGUGCAGUACCUACAGCAGUUCAUCGCGCAAAACCAGCAACAGAUCAACGUGCAAAACCAGCAACAGAUCAAUACACAAAAUCAGCAACCGAUCAGUGCGCAAAACCAGCCUCUGAUUAACGCGCAAAACCAGCAGCAGAUCAACGCACAAAACCAGCAGCAGUUCAACGCACAAAACCAGCAGCAGUUCAACACGCAAAACCAGCAGCAGAUCAAUGCGCAAAACCAGCAGCAGUUCAACACGCAAAACCAGCAGCAGAUCAAUGCGCAAAACCAGCAGCAGAUCGAUGAAUACAACCAGCAGCAGUUCAAUUCCCCAAACCAGCAGCAGAUCAAUUCGCCAAACCAGCAGCAGAUCAACGCACAAAACCAGCAGCAGUUCAACACGCAAAACCAGCAGCAGAUCAAUGCGCAAAACCAGCAGCAGUUCAACACGCAAAACCAGCAGCAGAUCAAUGCGCAAAACCAGCAGCAGAUCGACGAAUACAACCAGCAGCAGUUCAAUUCGCCAAACCAGCAGCAGAUCAAUUCACCAAACCAGCAGCAGAUCAAUUCGCCAAACCAGCAGCAGAUCAAUUCGCCAAACCAGCAACAGUUCAACGCUCAAAACCGGCAUCGGAUCAGCCCGCAACACCUGCAACUGAUGAACGUGUACAACCAGCAGCUGAUAAACGCGUACAACCAGCAGCGGGCUUACGCCCAAAGGCAGCAGCACCUCUACGCACAGUUACAGAGCAUGAAAUACCUUAUGUCAAACGAAACAGAAAUCAUCUCUUACCAAGAACCGGGCUGCUGGGGGACCAUCGCCUACUACGAGCUUAACAGUCGGGUGGGUGAGCCCUUCCAAUGCACGCAGCCCGUAGUCUCGGUCGACGGUUUCACAAGUCCCGUACACGAUGGCGAUCGAUUCUGCCUUGGUAAACUAACCAACGUGCAUCGCAACUCGGUUAUCGAGAACGUCAGACAACACAUAGGCCAAGGCAUCUGUCUUCACUAUGCCGGCGGUGAACUCUUCGUUGAAUGUGUUUCCGCUAAGGCCAUCUUCGUGCAGUCCAGGAUCUGUAAUCAUCAGAACCAAUACAACCCUACUGACGUCAUUAAAGUGCAUUCCGGUAUGACUUUGAAGAUUUUCGACACCCAGAUGUUCGGUGAAAUACUUAAUAAGGUAGUUGAGCAUGGCUUUAGCGCUGUUUACGAUCUCGUAAAAUUGUGCACUAUCAGAUUAUCUUUCGUCAAAGGUUGGGGCGCUGAUUAUCAUCGUGAAGACGUGACCGCAACACCUUGCUGGAUAGAAAUCCUCCUCAAUGGACCGCUGAAAUGGCUUGACAAUGUUCUCAUGGGCAUGGGAGGUCCACCGAAUGCUAUUAGCUCAGUGUCAUAAGACUUAUUUCUUUAGUCCAUUAUACCUCUAGGUAUAUAAACACCCUAUUGUAAUAUAAGAAUGCGAAAGCAUUUUAAUGCUGAUAGUCUGUUGAUCAACAAUUCAGCUUCGUAAUAUUAACCUCGAUUGUACUCAAAACUCGUUUAUUUAUCAUGUAAUAAUACAUGUAUACUGUAUUUUUAUCAUAUCCGACUUAAAAAAAUAUUACUUAAGUGUUUAUUCUUUCAAUGUCAAGUAUUGUAUAAUUUCUGUAUUAUAUUGCUACUUUACAUGUACUUGAACGCUGACAAAUGUAUAUAGAAUAACUCAACGUUAAGUUUGAUAUCAAUAAACAAA